CUUAACUCUCCGCCAGGCGGCAGCUAAUCUAAGACGAGACCAAGUGAAAACCAUUGCAGUCGGGGCGGGGCCCGGGGUCAACAUGACCGAGCUAGGGGUUAUCGCUCAAGGUCGCCUUGAUCACGUGUUCCAGGCUGACGUCCCUCGGCUGCAUGAACUGGUGGAGGCCAUUGGGGCCACAGUCUGUGCAGGGAAGAAAGACACGUGUCAGUGGAGUAAGUGGGGAGAGUGUGAUGCGCCGUGUGGCGGAGGGAUACGUAUUCGUACGCGAGGAGAAGAAAGUCCCUGCUGUGAUGAGUGUUUAAGGAAGCUGGACGUCCAAUCGUGUAAUCGCCAUGCAUGUCCAUAAGGAAGAACUCUUUACUGGGCUUUUCAAGAUGUUUGAAGAAUAUUAAAUGACCAGUUUGCCAGUGUUUAAAUAUUAUAUACACACACACAUUACUUGGGAUAUCCUACGUUUAAUUUGACUUCAAUGGAAAUUGUUUGUUCUUGGUAAUAUUUUACAAAAUGUGUCUUCAGUGACCGAUAACUUGCCAUUAAAAUUAAUGUGACACCAUUUGUGCAUUUGUUGUCAUUCAAAUGGAGAAAAUUCAGUACUGACCAAAAGAAAUAAAAUGAAUAUGUCUCU